UCCAUCAUUACAACCCCUCAUCUAAAGUCCUGGCUUUGCCCCUAGUGCAAAGUCUUUUGCACCGGCGUUGUUGGCCUUUCUUUCCAUUAUUGUUUGUCUUUGAGUUUCGCUCUGUAUUUUUUUCCCCUGAAAAAGUUUAUUCCUUUACGAUUUUCCGUUACGAAAUCUAGUUCUUCUUAACGCCAGCAAUCGCAGAAGAAACCCCCAUAAAUUCCGUUUUCGCAGAAUGGGUUUCUGCUGAAAAACAAAGAAAGAAUUUCCAAACCCGAAAACUCUCUCUCUUUCUCACAUUUUGUCCACCUUGAUUUUACGCCUUUGGGUUUGUGGGUUCUUAUUUAACUUGAAGAAUUAAACGUUGAAUCGUCGUCACUUCCUGCUUUUGUUUCUUCCAUAUUGAUCAAAGCAGAGGAAAGCUUGAGUUUUCGUAAAGCGUAGAGAAGAAUAGGACAAUUACUUCUUGUUUACCGUCUUUCUGAACUGUGAAACGGAAAUCUCGCCGGAGCUUGGAGUCUACGGUGACAUUGCCAGCGAAAACAUAGAGAGAAAGAUAUAUAGAUAUUGAUAGGUUUCCUAAAAUUUCACUAUUUCAGAGUCUAAAAUACCCAAAAAGGACUUAAAACCUCAAACGUAUAAAAUUCUCUGCAAUUUCUUUAUUUUUCUUCUCUCAGUCCAUCUAAAAUCGAAUCCCGACAAUCUCUCCCUCUCCCUCUUUUCUCAUCUCUCUGCGUUUUUCCUUCUCUGUUUUCUGGGUCUCUCUAUCUCUCUCUGUUCUUCUCUGGGUUGGUUGUGAGAAUCUGAUUUUCUAUCCUUUUCUGUCAAUCUUCCUCUCCUAAACAAUGAUUCUCGACAAAGGGUCAACGCAAUCAAACCUCGAUUGCUUGCUCCAUUGCACAACCCCUGUCGUCAAACCCCAAUUCUUACCGAAGAGCGAGAUUAGGAACCUAAACCAUUUAUGGCAUCCAUGGGAGAGAGAAGCUACUGAGUAUUUCACCUUGGCUGAUCUUUGGAGUUGUUAUGAUGAAUUGAGUGCUUAUGGUGCUGGAGUUCCAAUUGUUUUGAGCAACGGAAAGACCGUAAUCCAGUACUAUGUCCCCUAUCUCUCUGCAAUCCAAAUCUACACAAGCAAUCCUUCAAUAAAUGGUUCGAGGGAGGAGACAGAGUCCGGUGAUGGUGAGACAAGAGACUCGUACAGUGAUUCAUGUAGUGAUGAGAGCGAGAGUGACAAGUUGUGGCUCUCAGAGGAUGGAGGGUUAGAGCAGGAUGGCCUCUGCUGGCCUCUCAAUGAUAGAAGCUCUUCAGAGGAAGGAGGGUUAGAGCAGGACGGCCUCGGCUGGCCUCUCAAUGAUAGACUUGGUUACCUUUACUUUCAGUAUUUUGAGAGAUCAACUCCUUAUGCAAGAGUUCCUCUCAUGGAUAAGGUUAGCCGAUUAGCUCAAAGAUACCCAGGCUUGAUGUCAUUGAAGAGCGUCGAUCUUUCACCAGCCAGUUGGAUGGCUGUUGCUUGGUAUCCGAUCUAUCACAUUCCAAUGGGAAGGACGAUAAAGGACUUGUCCACAUGUUUCCUUACGUACCACACUCUUUCAUCCUCUUUCCAGGAUUUGGACCACGAAGACGACCUUGAAUGUGUCAAUAACAAGAGGAAGGCAGGGGAAGGCAUCUCAUUGCCCCCGUUUGGUUUGGCCACUUAUAAGAUGCAAGGAGAUAUGUGGAUUUCGGGCAAUUGUGGCCGGGACCAAGAAAAGCUGAUGUCUCUAUUGAGCGUGGCGGAUUCAUGGUUAAAGCAACUAAGGGUCCAGCACCAUGACUUCAACUACUUCAUGGGUAUUAGGCGAGGAUAAACUCACUCACUACUUUCACAUUUUCCCUCAUCAUGAAAGUGAGUCAUCACUAGAAUCCAUCCACUUCUGUAUUUUUCUAGUUUUUGUUCUUUACUGCCAGGGACGUAGUAGCCAGGAUUUGGAAUGAGCCUUGUCUACCGUAAUCGGCUUUUGGAAAAUUCGUGUGGAUGCUUUUCCAUCUUUUGUGAGUGUCAUUAGGGGGUGUAGUCUUGAUUAGUUCAGAAUCUGUUGUCUUAAUGAGUUGGGUGAGGCCUGAGAGAGACUGAAGAGUGAAGAGAGGCUUUUGACUGUAUAAAUAAAUAUAUAUACACUCUUUUGAUAUUUGAGAUGGGUGUUAAAAUAUGAGUCAAAUGCAGAUCGCAGGUUUUUCAUGCAA